UUUAGUCUGGAAGAUUUGUCCGGUCGCGUAGAGUCGAAAUGAAGUUGGCCAUAGCCUUAGUGUUGGUGCUUGCCGCCCUCGUGGCCGCAGACAAUGAUAUCGACUGGAAGAAGAUGCGGCCGGCGUGGCGCAUGCCCCAGUACUACCGCCGACUUCCCAAGGAGGUCAUGAAGCAGAUGAUGAGCGAGAUGAAGAGCGUGCCGAAGCAUAGACCCGAAGGACGUGUCGUCGGAGGAUACGUUGCUACGCCCGGACAGUUCCCGUACCAAAUUGUCAUGACUGCCAACUUCCCAGCUGGUGGUGCUCUCUGUGGUGGAUCUCUCCUGUCCCACAACUUUGUCCUGACGGCGGCCCAUUGUGUCGAUCAGGCUGCCGAUGGUAUGAUCAUUUUGGGUGCUCAAGUACGCACCGACGCCAAUGAGGAAGGUCAAGUCCGUAUUCCUUUUGUGAGAGAUGGAAUCUACCUACACGAGAACUGGGAUCCUUCGCUGAUCCGGUACGAUAUUGCCACCGUCCGAAUGCAGAGCCCUGUCCAGUACACGCCUCGCAUCCAGCCAGUGCAUCUGCCAAGAUGGAGCGAUUUGAACAAUGACUUUGCCGGAGUUAUCGGAACCGUUUCCGGAUUCGGUCGCUUCUCCGAUGAUAUUAACGCAGCUUCCGAUGUACUUCGUUACGUGAACAAUCCCAUCACCACCAACACGGUGUGCAACCUGCGCUUCCUUGGACUCAUCCAGCCGGAGAACAUCUGUUUGUCUGGGGAGAACUCUCGCGGCGCUUGCAGCGGAGAUUCCGGUGGCCCAAUGACCAUCGAACGCGAUGGAAAGACCGUCCAGGUUGGUGUGGUAUCGUUCGGUUUGGCGCUGGGUUGCGAAAACAACUGGCCGUCCGUCUUUGCCCGUACGACCUCCUUCCUGCAAUGGAUCCAGGCCCAUUCCGAUGUGAUCAUUGAAGCUUAGAAAAUUCUUAGAAUAAAAUUGAUAUUUAAUUGCAA